UAAGGCAGAACUCCUUAAGGGACUAUUUCUUCUCCUUCUCACUGUCGUCGCCGUCGUAGUCGUCAUAAGUUUUCUUCAAAUUCAUAAAGAAAAAUGGAAGAGAAUAAUAGAACAGAAACACUCUGCAAAGUAUGCGGCGACAAAGCUUCUGGGAAACAUUAUGGAGUACCGAGUUGCGACGGUUGCCGUGGUUUCUUUAAAAGGUCAAUCCGCAGGUACGCGAGAAAUUUAGAUUACGUCUGCAAAGAGAACGGGCGUUGCAUCGUGGACGUUUCAAGGCGUAAUCAAUGCCAAGCCUGUCGUUUUACAAAAUGUCUUCAGGUCAACAUGAAACGAGAUGCGGUACAACACGAAAGAGCACCGAGAAGUACUUCGAACCUUGUGGCUGCUGCAAGAAGAGCUCCAGCUGGUCUUUAUCCAGGACUACCUCACGUUUAUCACACGACAAACAAUCCUUAUCAUCCACUUCUUUAUCCGGCAUUAUUUCCUUUCAAGCCGACAAUGCCCCCAUUUGCACCGGCCGUUGCACAUUUUUUACCAAGAACCUCGACAGAAUCAUUAUCGGUGAGCACAGCGAAGGAAGACGAGGUAACGAGUUCCGAAGAAGCUGCAACAGUUGAACCGAGGCUCGAACAAAAAGAAGAACUAAUCGGUGGUACUCGUCUUGUUCCACAAAUCGUCAGUCCUGUUACUGCGGAAUAUACGAUGUCAAGUUUUUCAUUGUUGCCGACGGAAAAUGUUUACGAGUUUGCAGCCAAAUUGUUAUUCUUUGCUGUAAGAUGGGCCAGAAGUAUACAUUCAUUUUUACAAUUACCAUACCGAGAUCAAACUAUAUUGCUAGAAGAAUCAUGGAGUGAGUUGUUCGUACUUACGGCGGCCCAAUGGAAUUUUCCCGUUGAAGAAAGUACUUUGGUUCCUGGUGAUUUAUCUACGGAAAGACGAGAGAUAUUAAUCGAUGAAGCAAGAAGACUUAGAGAAUUAUUAGCUAAAUGCUCGUUGCUAAGGGUCGAUCAUUCGGAAUACGCGUGUUUGAAAGCCAUCGUCCUUUUCAAGGGUGAAUCGAGAGGUCUCUGCGAACCUGGCAGAGUUACCGCGUUGCAAGAACAAACCGUAGCAGUUUUGUGUGAACGUGACGCACGAAGGGUCGGUCGAUUAUUGUUGCUAUUACCACCGGCGCGUGCAUUGUGCCGAUCUACCCUUCAAGAGCUUCUUUUCAAGCCCACCGUCGGUGACGUCAGCGUGGAAAGAUUACUAGGAGAUAUGGUCGGUGCGCUCAGGCCAACUUAGCAGCCAUCGUCGUCGAACGUGGACGUCGACUGAGAACGUACAUUGCUCGAUUAUAUUUAAAACGCUGUGUUAAAAAGAAAAAAAAAGAAAAGAAAAAAAGAAAAAAAAAAUAAGGAUCUUCGAAUUUUACUCCGAUCAUCGUACGAAAUUACGUAUACCAAACAAAGGACUUCGUUUUUUAUUUAUUAUUUCUUUUUUCUCCAUUCUUUUUUUUUUUCAGAAAAUAGUUAAAACUUACCAACAGAGUUGAAAACGUUUUCUAUAUUUACAAUCGUCGAUAAUGUCGGAUAAUGUCGAUAAUAAUUGUCGGUAAUUGUCGGUAAUACAGAAAGCGAAAAAAAGAAAGAGAAGGAUAGUCUUCUAUACUGAAUAUAAUUUAAUAAGUUUUACGAUAAAAGAACGAAUUCUUCGUAAUCUUAUUGAAUCUUUAAAAGAAGAGAUAGCCGUUUUAUAAUGGCAACAAAAAGUUCUAGUCAAUCUCAAGUCAUAAAGUUAAUGUCUACCGCAUGUAUAUAGAUGUAUGUAUUACGAAAAUUAGAAAUAAAUCAUACGUGUCUGUAAUAACAAGAGCAAUACAUUGAUUCGUCGUAGAUAUAAAAAAAAAAAGAAAAGAAAAGAAAAUAAAGUUAUAAAAUAAACUGACAAUUUACUCUCGUUAGAAUAGUUUCUCUUUAAUCGAAAACAAAAAAAAAUUUUCUAAUUAUUUAAUCUCAAUGAUUUUCUAUCCCCUUCUUUUUUUUCUCUCUUUUUUUUUUCUUUUUCUUUUUUUCCUAUGACAAAAUUAUACAAAAGUUAUGACAAUCAUUAUGUAAAAAAUUCGAGAUAUUUCUUGAGAUGUCGAUUGAAACAACAACAACAACAACAACAACAACGGAUGGAAGAGGGGAGGGAAUGUAAAUGGGAAGGAGGGAUUCGUGGUAUUCAUAUAUAUAUAUAUAUAUAUAUAAAAGAAAAAAAUAAACACAAUGAACGCACAUUUUUUUUUUUUUUUUUUUUUUUUUAUUAACUAGAAUAAUUUAUUUUUUUUUUUUUUUUUUUUUUUUUUUUCAUGGUAGAAAAAGGAGAAUGCAUCUUAAACUCAUGGACUGCAUUGUACUCAUAUAUAUACAAUUACAUACAAUCCUUAAAUUGAACGUUACACAUAAAAUUCAUUAUAAAUUAAUUUCUCAUUAUUUAUUUGUUCUCAUGAGAAAUCUUGUUGUUUAAUCAGAACGAAAGAGUCGAUUAUUAUACCAAAAUGACGGCUUGCUAUUUGUCGCGUGAUAUAUUUAUUGAUAGAGGGGGAAAAAAAUAGCUCUGAGCGCGCGGUUUAUGAUACUGCGUGAUUAUUAUGACGAUGACGACGAUGACGACGACGACGACGACGACGACGACGAUGAUAACGACGACGACGACGACGACGACAGCGACGACGACGACGACGACGACGACGACGACGACGACGACGACGACGACGACGACGACGACGAUGAUGAUGAUGACGACAACGACGACGACGACGACGACGACGACGACGACGACGAUAUAAUAAUGCAGUAAUUAUUUUUCCAUUUAAUGCCCAUUUAUCAUCUUACUGUUAUUUUCCUUUUUUCUUUUACUUUUUUUUUCCUUUUAAUCCAAUUUGUAUAUACGUAUAUGAAUUGAGAGAAAGACAUGGUGAUAAGGUUGGAAAGGGAAGAGAGAGUUUGACACUGGGAAAAACAAGGAAAGAGAAAAGAAAAGAAAAGAAAAG